AUCUUUCCCAUCCCCCAACACGCUGGCGGUGUCUGCCUCGAGGCGUUCAUUUCCUUUCUUGUUUCCAACUUAUUUUAUCUUUAUUUCGUUUACUUAUCUUUCGUCUUCGUUCUAUAUCUGACUGAGAUUGCUUCUGUCCCUUUCUAUCAUGCCUCAUGCCCAGCAAAUCCACACAGGCGAUCCCGCAUAUGCAUCUCCCGUCAUCCGUGCCCCCUCUCCUGCGAGCUCGGUCGGAACGGCAUAUGGACCUGACGAGACGUCUCUUUCGGAUAUGGAAUUAAGUCAGGAUGCUUUUGAGAAGAAGUGUCUGGAGGCUUUGAAGCUUGACUGGCAAAAAGAGGAGGAGAUAAGGGCCGAUCGCACUCCUUUAAUCCAAAAACCAAAGACACAAGCAGAAGAGAUAAUAUUAUACGAAAAUAUCGUACGAAACCUUCGUCGGCGUGUCCAGCAACUCGAGGACGACGAGCUCUUUGAACAGACCCUUUUACGAGGCUCGCAGGUUGCCUUAGAGCAACAACCCUCUUCAAAUGACAUGGACGCUUUGAUGAAAAGCCUAAUGACUACCACACUUAGUAAUGGAUCUAAUACAGCCCCUAAUAUUUCAAAUGGGCCGUGGAAUAGUGGCCCACGGUAUAAUAACGAAGGUAUGAGCAGAAUGACAGCUGGGAAGCAAAACGGAAAAGGGAAAGGCAGAAGUUUUAAACCAUAAGCAUACAAGUGUAAACCACUAUACUACACAGCGAUCCAGAGGGUAUGAAUUGAUGCAGCGUUGAUAGCACGUGAAA